AGCCCGGGGCACCUCUCCAUCCCGCGGUAGCCAUGGCAGAGGGCUCCGAGAAGGUGCCCAUCGCCCACGCUGGGGCCGACGAUGUGGAGCUGUGCCUGCCCCCCGCGUACGCGGCGGCGGCGCCGCCCGGGCCCGGGCGGCUGCUGAAGGCCGGAGCCGCAGUGCUGAUCGCUGGAGCGCUCCUGCUCCUGGCCGGAGCCAUCGGCGCCUUCUACUUCUGGAAAGCCACGGAGCAGCAGGUGUACAACGUUCACUACACUAUGAGCAUUAAUGGAAAAGUACAAGAUGGAUCAAUGGAAAUAGAUGCUGGAAAUAACUUAGAGACAUUCAAAACAGGAAGUGGGAAUGAAGAGGCUGUUGAAGUACAUGAUUUUCAGAUUGGCAUAACUGGAAUCCGUUUUGCUGAAGGAGAAAAGUGUUACAUCAAAGCUCAGCCAAAAGCUCAUGUCCCCGAAGUUGAUGCUAUGACUAAAGCGAGCCUCUCAUCUGAGCUGGAAGAUGAAAUCAUGCCUGUGAGAUUUGACAAAAAUUCCCUUAUCUGGGUGGCUGCAGAUGAGCCUAUCAAGCAUAACAGCUUCCUAAGCCCCAAAAUUUUAGAGCUUUGCGGGGAUCUUCCAAUUUUCUGGCUGCGACCAACAUAUCCCAAAGAUAACCAAAGGAGAGAAAUUAAGAGAAACAAGCGCCAAUCAGGAUCAAACUUUGAUGAGGAAGACUUGGAAGCUGCUGCUGAAGAAGUAAACCCCAGGUCACCUACUGUGCAACUGAGUCAAGAGCUUGAUCACCAGUUUAAUGACACCAGGCCAAUGGGACGAGAAACAGAUCAAACAUUUAAUCCAGACAACCCAUAUAAUCAGCUAGAAGGUGAAGGGAUGGCUUUUGACCCCAUGCUGGAUCACCUGGGCGUGUGCUGCAUUGAAUGCCGGCGCAGUUACACACAGUGCCAGAGAAUCUGCGAGCCCCUCAUGGGCUACUACCCGUGGCCUUAUAACUACCAAGGCUGUCGCACUGCCUGCCGAAUCAUCAUGCCCUGCAGCUGGUGGGUUGCUCGUAUCAUGGGUGUUGUGUGAGAGAAAGCCUUGACAAAAAAAGUUUUUUAAAAAAUCAGGAGACUUGACAAUAUAAGCAGGAAAGGAAUGCAAUGACAACAAACUGGUAACAGAUUACAACCAAAGCAGCAGUACCGAUCCUGGUUUUCAAAAUCAAAGUACGUUUUACUGCACGGGAAGCAAGGUCAGAUAUUCUAACUUCAAAUUAAAAUCUUAAGUUAAUAUUCUAUUAGAUUUACAAGUGACAAGAGUAUAUUAGCACUUGUGGAAUUAAAAAACUGAGACAUUCCCCAAAAAAGACAAUAAUAAACUUUGCUCACAAACUGGUUUAGCAGUCCAGAACCUUGCCUAUAAACUCAGCCUUUCGUAACAAAAUCCUCUCUUUCCAAGCUACACGUGAAAAUUUAUGUCCAAUUAGGCAACUAGCUCAACUUUUACACUUGGGAGUGCCUUUCAUCCAUGUAGCUUACUUAAAUAAAUCACAAGUUAAGUUGCUCCCCGUUGCUAUUUGGAGUUGCCAGGUCAUUAUGAAUGGAUAUAAACCAAUUACAGCAUACCUUUCCUCCAAAGCUGCUCCAGGGGACACGGGAAAGCACACAUUGUGCUAAAUUGGAAACAAACAGCAGGAAAAGGGGCUGUAGAAGGGAAUGUGUGUGGCUGCAGAAUCAAAACCCUUCGCACAUCCCAACAUCAAAGAAGCCCCAGCAUUAAGAAUCUUGUAUCCAUGAUACCACUGUAGUGUCUAACAAGUAUCUGCUACCCAGUUACUACAGCAAGAGUAUUUACAUGCAGUUGCAGACCAAAGAGCCUCAAGGCCCUUCAGAAUCUGCAACAGCCACUGUUAUUUAUAAAUCCUUGAAUUAGACACUUUUGACACAAGAUUACAACCCCUCUUUAUUCCACAUGGAUAGCAGCCAUUCAGACUAGCUCCUUCAGCCUCACUGAAACUAACCUCCAUUCCCUGAAGAGAAACUGCUUACCAGCAAGGAUAAAAAAAAAAAAAAGAAAGAAAAAAGAAAAGGGUUUCUCACCUCACCCUUUCUGGUUAG